CUUCCCAGUUCCUUUCCAUCCCAAUGUUUGGGAGCCAUGUGAUUGGAAGAUAGUUGAUUUGCCAAGAUGUGUUCUCAAGCUCUUGUAAGGCGAACAAGUACAAACGUGUUUGUUCUCGUGACCUUGUUUCAGAAACUGGCUGUGCUCUUGUUCCCGGAGAAGGUUGUUGCGGUGUUCUUGGGGUGUUUGUUUGUCCUCUCCGCCAUGCAGGGCGGCGUUCAAGUGGCGGAGGCUGCCGGCUCUCCGGUGUACCGAGAAUGCUUUGACACAUGCCUCAACGAUUGCAUGAAAGGCGGGCGUGGUUACACCGAUUGCGAGAUGAAGUGUGACACCGAGUGCGGCGCCAAGGAAUUCAAUGCCAAAUUGAAAGCGGAGCCGGGCAAUUAAUUGACAAGGUGAAAAGAAUGACGGAGUAACGGACAAUGGAGUAUUUUAUUUUCAAUGUAGUACGUAAUAGUGACUAUGGCACAAUUUAUUUUACCCCAAUGUAAUUGUCAGUGCUAAUUAAUUAUCGAUCCCAUAUACAGCUACAAACUGUAAUUUAAUUUCAAUUCAUUGCUUAUAUUAUACAACUGUAGCUUAUAUUUGUUGGAUACAUACGGAGUAUAUUUUAAGAAAAAUAUGGCUCAAAU